AUGAAAUAUCCUAUCUUAACAAAUGAGCUCUGCACUCAUUCUGGAGCUAUGCCUUGGUCAGCAAAGGCAUGUCUGGUACAACUAGUUUGUUUCAGCUGUUGGGGCACGAAGGCGGCAAAUGAUGAGCUGCUUGCGGUCCUUGCAGCUUGCUACAACAAGGGGAUAAUUGUUAUUAUUUUUGGUCCUUCUGCACUCAAUGGCCCUGUUUCUUCCAUCCCCUUUCCAGGAUCCCCUGAGCUUGAGAAUUGGGAGCCUGCAAAAUUAUAUGCAUUACAAAGGGCACUAGGGAGUAUGUAUGAGGUAACUGAAAUAACCCCUGGCACUUUGGCCAUUGUUUCAAUGCUGGUUUAUUUCAUUUUGUCUGGUGACACUGAGAUGGUUUCUGGUUCUGGCAAGCCCAGUGCCACCAACUAUGUUGAUAUCCUUCUCAACUUCUACCAUUUUAUCCUUACCCUACUUCACCGAGAGAAAAUGACCACAGUCCAACCAAUGCAUAAGACCAUGGAUUGGUACAAGCAUUUGUUGUUUGGUCCUCCUGCAGGAGCAGGAGAUGCACAUGCAUCAGGACGAGCUGGAAGUCUUUCUUUGGGCCUGAGUGCUCUUCUUGAAGAAAUGGAGCUUAGUGGCAGUAAUGAAUUGAUUCAGGCUAGAGUUCCACACUGUAAGGUCCAGAACCAGAUGUACAGACUGAAGUGGUGGCUACCCCAGUCAGCCUGGAUGAGGGGAGGGAGACAAGGUAUGGGUGCAGAGGCCAGGCCCACACAGGUGACACUUCUGGAAAUGACAGUUCUCGAGAAGUUAGUUGUGGAAGGAGAGCCCAGAGAGGUGGAGCCCAGGGUAGCAGCAGUUGCAGAGGUUAUGGACGUCAUGGAGGCAACAGCACUACACAUGGUGAUGAAUAGGGACAGCUCUGAAAGCAGCAAAGUCCUGGUGCUGGGGACUUGGUGGGACGAGAAAUGGCUGUGCAUAGUGGUGGUCCUGUUGUGGGGUGAGUGUCCCUGA